AUGUUGACCACUUCUUUUGAUUCAGGUUGGAAUGGUCCACCAAAUUUGAACCAUGUUGCUGAUAUGAUGCGGAAGCAGCAAACUGCUCCUAUAAAUGAGUUUGAAAUUUCUCAUGACAGUGCUUCCAAUACGUGGCAUGUGGAUGGAGCAGGGUUGCAACGUUUUGUCCAAAUGACAAAUUGGAGAUAUAUGGAUUCUGAGAGAAGAUUUCAACAUGUUUUGGAGGCUUGUGGUGUAUAUAAAUCUCUUAUCAAACUUGGUGUAAAGGAGGGCGACACUGUGAUUGUUGGGGAG